GCUUGACUCCCUGAGAAGCAGUAUCUUCUGUUUUCAGUCUCUGGGCUUUUUAAAAAAGAGGCAGAAGCUUCAAUGUUGGAUGCCGUGCUAUGACAACGUCACUGCUCCUCCGUCCUCGCUGGGUCGACCCGUCGGUGAUGUUCCUCUACGACAACGGCGGCGGUUCCGAUGAAGUGAGCAAGAACAUGGAGGGUUUCGCUGGUGGCAACUUUGCUGCGAACCAAUGCAGGAAUUUGAUGGCGCACCCCGCGUCCCUGGCACCCAGCACGGCGUACUCCUCCAGCGACAUGCCCGCCUCCGGUAUGGGCGAGCCGGUCAAACAGUGCAGCCCGUGCUCAGCCGCUCAGAAUUCAUCCAGCGCGUCCCUGCCUUACGGGUACUUCGGUUACCCGUGCAGAAUGUCGCAUCACAGCACCAUUAAAUCGUGCGGAGCGCAGCCCCCCUCCGCGUACGGGGAGAAAUACAUGGACACGUCUGCCUCGGCCGACGAAUUCACGUCCCGGGCGAAGGAAUUUGCUUUUUAUCCAACUUAUCCGUCGGGCCCAUACCAACCUGUUCCCAGUUACCUGGACGUCCCCGUCGUGCCGACGAUCAGUGCGCCAUCAGAGGCCAGGCACGAGUCGCUGCUGCCCAUGGAGAGCUAUCAACCGUGGACUCUCGCUCCAAACGGCUGGAACAGCCAGGUUUACUGCGCCAAGGAGCAACCCCAGCCUGGACACAUGUGGAAAUCCUCCAUACCAGACGCAGCUUCCCACACUGGAGACUCCGGCUCUUAUCGUCGUGGGAGAAAGAAGCGCGUGCCAUACACCAAGGUGCAACUGAAGGAACUCGAGCGCGAGUACGCCGCCAAUAAAUUUAUCACGAAGGACAAAAGGAGGAGGAUAUCCGCUCAGACCAACCUGUCCGAGAGGCAGGUCACUAUAUGGUUUCAAAACCGACGCGUAAAGGAGAAGAAAAUCGUCAACAAAUUGAAAACGAUCAGCUAGUUCAUUUUUAUAAUGUGGACUAAUUCAGUGCGACUUAGACAGGCGCUUAUGGACACAUGGAACGGGACAACGAGCUCUAUACAGACUGAUCAUGAUUUAAAUGUGUGCAGGCAGAUUUUUCGGAGCCUCUGGAACAAACCUUCCGGGGCCUGUGUAGGCCGGACCCUCCAUUUCCUGCCACUUGUUGUUCAAUAUUGUUUAAGUUCUCAAGUGGAAAAGAAGACAAAACAUACAGUACCCUGUAUCUGCCCCUAUCCACCUUCUUUUUUCUUAUUUCUUUGGAGGGGGGAUGCUCGGUAUCAGACCAGGAUAAGUGACCCCAUCUCAGAGAGGCGUGCGCCACUGAGCUACACCUUUAUCUUUAACUUAAGCGAUAAGUGAAAGGUUCACAAAAGACGCCGUAAUUUUUUUGGACCUUGGAAUGUUAAAUAUUAAUCAACCCUCGACUCCUUUUUUUUUUUUUUUAAACCUGUCACGUGCUUAGCUUGUAUGAAGUGUAGUCUUAUCAUGUGAAUCUGUGCUCUCAUUCACAUCCAGUCCAUGGUGCAAUUCUUAUUGUAAUGCUUAGAUAAUCGUCCAAGACACGUGUUCAUAUCUCAUCAAUCGUAGCUUUUAUAAUGCGUGUGUAUUCAUGUGGUUGUAUAUAAGUAUAUAUAUAUAAAUAUAAAUAUAAAAGUAAAUUCCGGCAUGAUAUCCCUGUUGUGUGCGAGUCCAAUGUUUUAAGUUCGUUCCAAUAAAACAGGGACUUGGUUGAAUUUGAUCCAAGUCAUGAUGAAGAA